AUGGACAACAUUUUCGAAAGGCUGCUCCUGGACACAAGAUUCACAACGAACAAAAUCCCAAAGAGAUUCCUGCUGAGAAGAGUGGGCCUCGGGUAUGCUGUGAGGCACCAGAGGAUAAGCAGGGAUGACAUUAGGCCCUGUCUCAAAACAAGAAGAGCCAUAGAAAGAACUGACUGUUUCCAGGAAGACGAAGAGGAUGCGGGUAGGUCGGAGCUGGUCAGGAAAAGGCCUAGGCCGUAG